GAGAGAUCGGGAGGGAUCUCUUCCCAAAUUUGACCACUUGACUACACCCAAUUCAAAUUCAACUAUAUAUACUCCCCCAUCUUCCCUCUCAAAUCAGAAAACCUUGAACCCUAUAAAUCACCACACUUGAAAUCGAAACCCUCCAACUUUUAUAGAAUCCAUGGCGACAAUCUCCGAUAUCCAGCCGCCACCUAAAGCGCCGUCGUUUUCAGCGAAACUGGAUCGGUCGAACCCCCUAGAGUUUGUGGAGAAGGCGUUGGCAUUUCUGGCUCGGGGGAGCGACUUCUUCCACAGAGAGAGGGUGGAGAGGGAGGUCACAUCGGUCGUGCGCACCCUGAGGGAGCAGGAGAGGAAGAAAAUGGAGAGGAAGAAGAAGGCGGAUGCAGAAGCAGCAAAAUUAAUGGAAAUGGAAGGCUCUGAAAAGAAGGCGGAUGCAGAAGCAGCAAAAAAAUUGGAAAUGGAAGGCUCUGAAAAGAAGGCGGAUGCAGAAGCAGCAAAAUUAAUGGAAAUGGAAAGCUCUGAAAAGAAGACGACAUCUGAAACUUCCUCCUCAUCUAUUCCACAUUAUAAAGAGCUGAACUCCCUGUCGCUCUUGGCAAAGGUGAGGAAGGCAAUGAAAGAAUUGGCCGAUGGAAAGAAGUUGAGGAGGCCAGCGACUAAGCGGGUCAAGCCUGCUAAGGACUUUUAUCCGGUUGCUUCUCGUUACUAUGAUACACUUAAGAACAAGCCGCCGCAAGAAGAUAGCUGGCUACUUCAUCGGGAAGUAUACGCUGGAAAGAUUGACCGAAGAGUGUUUGUGCAUGUGUAUGCAUCUAUUUUAGCAGAUCAACAUGACGUUAAGGAAUCUGAGAGAAAAUGGGAUCGUAGGAUGAGGGCCCAUCGUAAGAUUUGUGAAAACCACGAUGAGACCUGCUUCGAAUAUUUUUAAUGGGAGAUGCAAGUGAAAGUGGAGUCAGUGAGGGCCGAGGAACCUCGCUGAAGAGUUGUUUCUAAUGAGCUUUCUUUGCUGCUUGGUCUUAGUAUGCUUUCUUGGAGCUAGCAUAUUGGUUUGUUGAUUGCUCGCUUUUUCUCUCUCUAGCGAUGCCGCUUCUGGCCGGGAUGGUAUGAUAUCGUUUUUUGUUUGUGUUUUUUUAUGUUGGGAUUGAGCAUUUUUCUGGCUAUAUUGUCUUGGCUUAGUAUAUAUAUAUAUAUUGUUUUCUAAUCGGCUAAUGAUACAUCCAGAUGACUUUCA